ACUUUUUUUUUCUUUAUAUACUCAUGGGAUAUAAAGCAAAGAACAAGCAACCAGCACCUGAGCCUCUUGAAAAGCCUAAGCGUGAAGGUCUUUCUAGAAGACAAAAGGCUAAGCUUAACAAAGCUAAGGCUAAGCCUGUUGAAAAGAAGGACAACAAGAAGCGUCAACAAGGGGAACAAGUUGAAAAGAAAACUGUUAAAAAGGCCAAAUUAGCUGAACCUGCUGAAGAUCUUUGGGACAAUCUCGAAGUAGCUUCUGACGAUAACAGUGAAGAUUUAGAUGACGAAUUUGAUAUGAGUGAUUUCGAGAAUGCUGCUAACAGCGAUAUGGAAGAAAUGGACCAAGAAGAAGAAGAAGAAGAAGAAAAAGACAUUUUCCCUAAGGCUGAUAAUAGUUUCCUCGGUUCUGAUUCUGAAGAAGAACAAGAAGAACAAGAAGAAGAAGAGGAGGAGGAGGAUGAAUAUGACAGUGACACUAUUGCAGAGGGUCAAGGUCUUGAUGAACGUACUUCUCGUAAAAUCGAAGCUCGUGCUGCUCUUGAAGCAGCUGCAGCUGAAGCAGAAUUGAAGGAACAAGCCAACCAAGACAGUGAACUCGAAGAAGAUGAACGCUAUGAACUUCCUGAAGGUGAAGAAGAUGAACUUGUAGCUGAUGUUACUGUUGUCAGCCAACGUCUUAAGGACAUUGUGAAUGUUCUCAACGACUUUAAAAAGUUACGCCAUCCCAACCAUAGCCGUCAAGACUAUGUUGACCGUCUUAUUAAAGAUAUUGCCAGUUACUAUGGUUACUCUGAGUUCUUGGCCGAAAAACUAUUCAAUCUCUUCCCUGUUUCUGAAGCUAUUGAAUUCUUUGAAGCUAACGAAGUGCCUCGUCCUGUCACUAUUCGUGCCAACACCCUCAAGACCCGUCGUCGAGAUCUUGCACAAGCCUUGAUUAACCGUGGUGUUAACUUGGAACCUAUUGGUAAAUGGAGCAAGGUGGGUCUCCAAGUGUUUGAUUCCCAAGUACCUAUUGGUGCCACUCCUGAAUAUCUUGCUGGUCACUACAUGCUUCAAGCUGCCUCUUCUUUCUUGCCUGUCAUGGCACUUGCCCCUCAACCCAAUGAGCGUGUGCUUGAUAUGGCCUCUGCUCCAGGUGGUAAGACAACACACAUUGCUUCUUUGCAAAAGAACACGGGUAUGGUAUUUGCCAAUGAUUUCACCAAGGAGCGUCUUAAGAGUCUGAUUGCCAACAUUCACCGUAUGGGUGUCAAGAAUGCUGUUGUCUGUAACUACGAUGGUAGAGAAUUCCCCAAGGUCAUUGGUGGCUUUGACCGUGUCUUGUUGGAUGCCCCUUGUUCAGGUACGGGUGUUAUCUCCAAAGAUCCCAGUGUCAAAUUGAACAAGACUGAAAAAGAUUUUAUUGAUAUCCCUUUCCUUCAAAAGCAAUUGAUCUUGUCUGCUAUUGACUCUGUUGAUGCCAAAUCAAAGACAGGUGGCUAUAUUGUUUAUUCUACUUGUUCUGUGACUGUGGAAGAAAAUGAAGCUGUCGUGAACUAUGCUUUAUCCAAGCGUCCUAAUGUCAAGCUGGUCUCUACCACACUUGAUUUUGGUCGCGAAGGUUUUGUGUCUUAUCGUGGCAAGUCUUUCCAUCCCAGUCUCAAGUUGACACGUCGUUUCUAUCCUCAUGUGCAUAACAUGGAUGGUUUCUAUGUUGCUAAGUUCAAGAAGUUGGAUAAUAAGUACGAUAACCAUAAGGACGAAGAUUUGAAGAAGGAAGAACAAGAAAACAAGGAGGAAGACAAGGAAACAGUAGGUUUCAAUGAAGAAGAAGAUGCUCAAUACAUUGAAGAAACCAAGAUGAUUCAAAGAAAGAAGAAGGGUUACAAGAAAUAAUUUAUGUAAUAAUAAUCACACUUUAAUUACCAUUUUCAUGCAUUAUGUACACACACACACACACACACAUUCAUAUAAAAUAG